GUCCACCUCACAGCAAACACAAGCGCAUCCAACCCCGGUUGAUUGGGAAAAGCAGCGAUGCUUCCUGGGACGCCUUCUUCAAUGUUCCGAUCAUUGCUGCUGCUGAGUCUGAUGGCUACAGUGAAGGCAGGAAUACCAAUCCCACGAAAUCCAGGGUGUCCAACUGCUACUGAAGGCAAGAACUUCCUCCAGAAUGUCAAGCUCAACCUGAGCAUCUUCAAUCCUCUUACCCAAAAUGUGAAUUCCAGAAGGUCUUCAGACUACUACAAACGAUCCACAUCACCUUGGACUCUCCACCGUAACGAGAACCCCAACAGAUACCCACCUGUGAUCUGGGAGGCAGAAUGCCGUUACUCGGGCUGUGUCAAUGCAGCGGGGAAGGAGGACCACCAUGUGAGCUCCGUCCCCAUCCAGCAAGAGAUCCUGGUCCUGCAGAGGGAACCUCAGAACUGCCCGCUUUCCUUCCGCCUGGAGAAGAUGAAGGUGACCGUGGGCUGCACCUGUGUCACCCCCAUCGUCCGCCACGUGGGUUAAGAGUUUUGGUGAGAGCCCAACUCGCCAGAAGAGCAGACCUAGCACUCAAGAACCCUUGUCCUCCUAAGACCCAGCCCCACUUCAGACCAAACUUGCUAGAGUUCUUAAGAAGCUCAUCCUACUGAGAUUUGGGAAGCAAUACUGUUCCAAGAUGGAAUCAGAAUCACCGUCCUCUCUCACUAGAGAAGAAGGUUUAAUUUGCUUCUUGUUUGUUUAUCUAAGUUUGUUAUUUAUGUAUUUAAUAUGCCCUGAGAUUGCUAUGGGGCAUAAGAUUUCAUUUUAAUGAAUUAUCUAUGUUGGAAAUUUUAUUAUUUAAAAAGUAAAACAUAUUUAUAUGAGCUA